GAUUUACUCAAAUAUAAAUUCAUGUAGCAUGAUCCCAGACAUAACACACGACCCAAGCGAUUUGAAUUCCCAGCCGGUCCUGGUGUCCUAUAUACACGGAAUAAACUACACACGUCCUUGUUCUUACACAAAUGCGCUUCAUUACCGCUUACUCACUUCAAUUCUCUGCCAAAUUUUACACAAAUCAUACAAUCACAUGAGAUGAUGGGAUCAAUGUAGCAUCGAUUCUCGUGCUGGAACGAUGAAUGAAAGAAGUUUAUCCGAAAGGAGACUGCGUGAAGAAGAAGAAGAUAAUGAGUUCGAGAUUCAAGAAUUGAGAGACGAAAUACGAUCAGCUCGUCAUAAUCGAUAUAUGAGUGGACUCUCUCAAGACUUGCAACUCGGUUCAUCGAUUAAUCGGAGAAGAAGCCAUGGCAAUGAUUCUUUCUUUACGCGCUUGUUCGAUUUCUCUCAGGAUUGCUCCGUUCAUCCGAAUAACAAGUGGUAUCGUGUUUGGGAAAAAUUUAUAGUAUUGUAUGCAAUAUACUCAUCAUUCUUCACACCCUUUGAAUUUGGGUUCUUCAGAGGAUUACCGCAAAACCUUUUCUUACUGGAUGUUGUCGGGCAAGUAGCAUUUGUGUGUGACAUGGUUUUACAAUUCUUUGUCGCUUACAGAGAUAGUGUGACAUACAAAAUGAUAUAUAACCGUUCUGCAAUUGCUCUACGGUACUUAAAGUCUCAUUUCAUUGUAGAUUUUCUUGGGUGCUUACCCUGGGAUAUUCUUUAUAAGGCAUCUGGAAGUAGCGAAGAAGUGAGAUUUCUCCUUUGGAUUAGAUUAAGUCGGACGCGAAAAGUUCUUGCUUUCCUGCACAAGUUGGAGAAGGACAUAAGGAUCAAUUAUCUCUUUUGCAGGAUUUUAAAGCUUCUUAUCGUUGAGAUAUAUUGUACUCAUACAGCAGCAUGCAUAUUCUACUAUUUGGCGACCUCUAUGCCAGCUGACAAAGAAGGCUAUACAUGGAUUGGCAGUCUACAACUAGGAGACCACAGUUAUUCAAACUUCAGAGAGAUUAAUCUAUGGAAGCGUUAUUUAACAUCUCUAUAUUUUUCCAUUAUUACUAUGGCAACUGUUGGUUAUGGAGACAUACAUGCAGUGAAUCCCAGAGAAAUGAUAUUCGUAAUGAUAUAUGUAUCUCUUGAUAUGGUUCUUGGUGCCUACUUGAUUGGUAACAUCACUGCUUUAAUUGUAAAAGGAUCGAAAACAGAGAGAUAUAGGGAUAAAAUGUCAGAUAUUUUCAAAUAUUUAAGCAGAAAUAGACUUGGGAAGGACAUACGUAGACUUAUCAAAGAUCACUUGAGGCUACAGUAUGAAUGCAGUUACACUGAUUCUGCUGUUCUCCGGGAUCUUCCUAUCUCUAUUCGUGCCAAGAUCUCCCAAAACUUGUAUAAGCCAUAUGUUGAAAAGGUUGUUCUUUUCAAGGAAUGCUCCGCAGAGUUCAUUAGUCAAAUUGUAAAUAGAGUUUGCGAGGAGUUUUUUUUUCCUGGAGAGUUGAUAAUGGAACAGGGGGAUGCAGUUGAUCAUAUCUAUAUAGUCUGUCAUGGUGUUCUGGAGGAGGUCACUGUACGUGACAAUGGUGCAGAAGAAGAAGUUGCUCUCCUUCAACCUAGCAGCUUAUUUGGUGUAGUUUCAAUUCUUUGCAACAUUCCCCAACCUUAUACCAUCAGAGUUCGCGACUUAUGUAGGCUUCUUCGGCUUGAUAAACAAAUUUUUUCCAAUAUCCUUCAGAUAUAUGUGGAUGACGAGCAAAGAAUCAUCACAAACAUACGAGAGGGGAGAGUCAAUCUACAUGUGAAGCAACUGGAGUCUGAUAUUACCUUUCACAUAGGAAAACGAGAGGCAGAACUUGCUACACAAGUCAAUAGUGCUGCUUAUCAUGGUGAUUUGCUUCAGCUAAAAGGAUUAAUUCGGGCCGGAGCUGAUCCUAAUAAGAAAGAUUAUGGCGGAAGGUCACCGCUGCAUCUUGCUGCAUCAAGAGGACACGAAGAUAUCACGAUUUUUCUCAUUCAAGAAUCUGUAGAUAUUAACAUUAUAGAUAAUUUCGGGAAUACACCUCUGUUUGAAGCCAUCAAGGGUGGUCAUGGUCAAGUUGCUUCUUUGCUAAUUAAAGAAGGAGCAGUCCUGAAAGUCGAUGAUGCUGGUACUUUCUUGUGCACAACAGUUGCAAGGGGUGAUAUAGAUUUUAUCAAAAGGGCUCUAUCCAGUGGUGUUGAUCCAAAUUCUAAAGACUACGAUCAUCGAACUCCGCUUCAUGUAGCUGCCUCACAAGGGUUUUAUUUACUUGCGAAACUGUUAUUGGAAGCUGGGGCUUCUGUUCUAUUGAAGGACAGCCUGUGCAACAUGUGUAUUCAUGCUAAUUAAGUAACCAUAGCCUAAUUAUGAGGGGAAGAUACGUUAGAAGGUUUACAAAGAUUUCAUUGUAAUGCUGCUUUCUUUAGACCCAUUUGACUUUUGAGUGUGUAAGAUACUUUAUCGAUGAACAACCUAUAAUAGUUUCACAGAUAUUCCCACGAAUGUUUUUAAUAUAUAGGAAAUAACCUUUAACAUGUCAUGAGUGAUAAUACUCUAAUUUGAGAUUUGUGAACUUGUAAUGGAAUUAAGAUACAACAUGUUAUCACUCGUUCAGUUACAUAUCACACCUUGCACGUGUGAUGGUCAAUGAGAUUGUUGUAUUUCCUAAUGCCUUGUUUCAGGAAUGCUUUUGGUUGCAUUUGUAAUUUCAUAUUGUUAUUCUAACAUGGGAGCUAUGUUACCCGGACUCGACUAAAAGUGUCCAACAUGGAUACAUGUUGGACUCGGCAAUAAUUUGAAAAUUUUACAUGUUUUUGGCUUAAAAUAAGUAUCAGAGUGUCCGUACUCAUGUCCAAGUGUCCGACACGGGUACUCGAGACAAAAUGAAGAGUCCGGUUAACAUAACAUGGGAGUAUAUGACUAGAUAUCCUUCUCUGGAAGUAAAUGUAUGUACCAAAUAGUGUAGCUGAUACUAAGUAGAUGAGCAAGAUGAAGCCCGAGUCAUCUUAAAUCAUAUUACCACUGUAGUAUUUAAAGUGCAGCCUAUUACUCUCAGACUCUCAUCCCUUGUUCAUAUUUGCAGUUAUAUUCUUAAUAGGCCUGUGUAUUGAUAUUUUAAAUAUUGCACAAACCAUGGCGGGUACAGGUUAUAUAUAUCUUUGGGCUAGUGAUCAAAUACAAACUAAAAAUCAAUUCGGCGAUCACUGUUUACAACUACAGGAAUCUCUAGUUUAUACAACAUUAAUCACUGUUUUAUACGGUAAAAUAAACAACUUUUAUUUUUCAUAAUUAAGAAAAUCUACUUAUGUUAACUAUUGGUGAUCGAUUAUUGAUGAUCAAUUGUAGUUGUAGGAGUUCCAUGACGGUAGUAAGUAAUGAGAGGAGGUGUGUUAUGGUGGUAAGGAGUCGCUAGUUGUGGUAAGUUAUGUUGGCAAUCUGCAGCAGCUAUUAGUGAUUGUAGGUUAUGGUGUCAAGUCAUAAAAGGUGCUGAUAAUGGUGGCAGGGGGUCUAUUAUUGCAGUACGGGUGAAGAUGAUGAUCAUAUUCGUUGUAUAUAUACAUGUAUGUAUAAAUUAAUAUAUUAGAGAUAUAUCAUAUAUAAGAAGUGGUUUGUGAUGUACAAACUGGUGAUUUCUGUAGUUAAAAAUAAUGAUUAAAAAUUGAUCAAAGAUUGGUUUUUAUUUUGUAGGCUAAUUUGGUUUGUAUUGGAGUAAGACACUCCCUUUGUGAUAACUAGUUAUGUAUAAUAAUGAUAAUAAUAACAAGUUAACAACAAC